CGUCCACCGCCCUCUCCUCCCCGCCCUGGUCGCCAUCCUCCGCCUCCAAAAUGCCCGCGGCUACCCUGCAGCAGCCGAAUAUUGAAUUUUUUACAUCCAUCUUCCCCCUCACCUUCCCCACCCCGGCACCUACCACCCAUCCAGAUCUUGUCACGACCAAGGACUUACAUCGUGAGGAGGAUCUGCUCAGGAAUCCAUUCUCUUUCAGACAUUGGUGGACCGCUAUCCAGAAUGUGAAGGAGGUUUCUGCUGCUGCACAGAAGGCCGAGGCACCCUCCGAUCUAAAACCCGAGGUCGCAGCUUUGUUGGGACCUCUUUCCUCGCCUGCUGCUCGCCAAUCCCUUCAGCGACAAACUUAUCUCUAUGAAGCGGCGCUUGUUCAGUUCCCUGGCUCAUUCAAGCUGUGGAAAUCCUAUCUACAAACACGCAUGUCUUUCGUUCUUGGCAAACUUGUGCAAAAGAAGAAAGCGGGUGGUAGGAAGAAGUUCCCUGACAUGCGCGAAGCUCUCGAGGAUGAGCAAGAGGACCUGGAGCGGUGGGAGGGCGGUGUGGAUGGUAUCAUUGGAUGGGAAGAGUGGAGACUUCUUGUUGCGACGUUCGAGCGAUGUCUCAUGUGGCUCCCGAGGAUGCCACGCAUCUGGCUGCUCUACUUGUCAAUAUUCAACCAUCCAUUUUGCCCCCCGCAAAUAUCGCACACUCAUGCCCGCCGAACAUAUGACCGCGCAUUGCGCACCCUACCACCAUCACUCCACCACCGAAUAUGGGCACGCUACUUGCUGUGGGCAGAAUCGAAAGGUGGUGCGACGACUGUCGCUGUCUACCGACGUUACCUUGCCGUUGACCCGAGUAUCACUGAACGCUACACCGCCAUCCUUCUCUCCGAAAACAACCCUGACCCCCGACCUCUCGAGGCUGCCAAGCUCCUGCUGGCGCUUGCUCGCAAGGCAGCACGUGGAGAGUACACAAGCCCUGAGGGCAAGAGUCCAUAUCAACUUCUUGGCGAGUUCUUGGACGUCGUUGAGCAGCAUGCCGAGGAGGUCGGUUUGGACGUCCCCGACACCAUCGACUCGAACCAGAAAAUCGCGGACGAGGCGGAGGCACAAGCUGCAGCCUCCCAGCGGCCACCAGAGCCUGCGUCCGUAGAUGGCAAACUCAUCCGGUUUGCUGGUCCCCCUGUGCCCGUAUCCGACGGCAAGCCCUCCUCCCCUUACGACGAGGAUGAGGACACGCGAAGCCCUCGCAAGCUGAACAUCGAGGAUAUCGUCCGGAAAGAUGGAUUGGAGGUCUACAAAGAUCAGGCUGGCCGCCUCUGGACGGGCCUUGCCACCUACUGGAUUAAGCGCGGCGAGUUUGACCGCGCGAAGCACACCUUCGAGCGUGGCCUUGCGUCUGUGCUCACCAUUCGCGACUUCACGCAGAUCUUCGACGCUUACUCGGAGUUUUCGGAGAGUCUGGUCAGUGCACUCAUGGAAAGCCUCGAGAACCCGGACGAGGAUGAGGACGAGGAGGACGUGAAGGAGACCGAGAAAGAGCUGGACACGAAGAUGAAGGAAUUCGAGGAGUUGAUGGACCGGAGGCCGUUCUUGGUCAACGACGUGCUUCUCCGGAGGAAUCCCAACGAUGUUCAGGAAUGGGAGAAGCGGGUGGCUUUGUGGGGAGACGACGACGAGAAGGUUGCCGAGACCUACAAUCAGGCGCUCGCCACCGUCAACCCUCGUCGAGCUACUGCAAACUUCCACCGUUUGUACAUUAACUUUGCCAAAUUCUACGAGGAGGGUGGGACCACUGGCGAAGCCGAGCGCGACCUCAACAGCGCUCGCAAGAUUCUCGACAAGGCGACUAAAGUCAACUUCAAGACUGUAGACGAGCUGGCGGAGGUCUGGUGCGAGUGGGCUGAGAUGGAGAUCCGUGCCGAGAACUACGACGAGGCCAUCCGGGUUAUGCAGCGUGCCGCUGUUGUCCCGAAGGACACAAAAGUCAACUUCUUCGACCAUUCGCUACCAGUACAGGCUCGACUCUUUAAGUCACUCAAGCUCUGGUCAUUCUAUGUUGAUCUGGAGGAGUCGCUCGGAACGGUCGAGUCGACGAAGGCUGUGUAUGACAAGAUCAUGGACUUGCGCAUCGCGAACGCUCAGAUCAUCGUGAAUUACGCUGCCUUCUUGGAGGAGAACAAGUACUACGAGGAGAGCUUCAAGGUUUAUGAGCGUGGUACCGAGCUGUUCACCUUCCCCGUGUCGUUCGAGAUCUGGAACAUCUACCUAGCGAAGUUUGUGAAGCGCUACGGAGGCUCCAAGAUCGAACGCACGCGCGAUCUCUUCGAGCAAGCACUGGAGAAGUGCCCACCGAAGUCAUGCAAGCCCAUCUACAUGAUGUACGCGACCUUCGAGGAAGAGCACGGCUUGGCGAAGCGCGCCAUGUCCAUCUACGACCGCGCGACGACCGCAGUAGCCGACGAGGACAAGUUUGAGCUCUUUACCAUCUACAUCGCGAGGGCGACCUCCAACUACGGCCUCCCCGCGACGCGCCCUAUCUACGAGCGCGCGAUCGAGAUUCUCCCGGACAGACAAACAGCGGAGAUGUGCCUCCGGUUCGCGGCGAUGGAGCGCAAGCUGGGCGAGAUCGACCGCGCGCGCACUAUCUAUGCGCACGCGUCGCAAUUCUGCGAUCCGCGCGUGAACCCCAAGUUCUGGCAGGAGUGGAACAAUUUCGAGAUCGAGACCGGGUCCGAGGACACGUUCCGGGAGAUGCUCCGCAUCAAGCGCUCUGUCCAAGCGCAGUUCAAUACUGAGGCGUCGUACCUCGCCGCACAGAUGGCCGCGAAGCAGUCAGGCGUGGAGACCGAAGCGGAGGCUGCACCUGUCGACGCCAUGGCCGCGGCAGAGCGGCAGGCAGUCGGGGGCGGGGGCGGGGCGCCGGCAUUCGUUUCUGCGAAGUCAAGUACCGACGUGCGGCAACAGGAACCACUAGAGGCUGCUCCGGCGCAGGCGAACGAGGACGAGAUCCAUAUAUCGGACGAAGAGGAUUGAGUGCUAUGGCGUGAUGUUGUCGAUGCUUACGUUCCGUGUUGUUGUACUCGUGGAGCUUCACUUGAGAUAUAUCAUGAUAAAAUCGCAACCAAGAAACAUGUGAGCUAAGAUGCCGG